CAGGGCUGCCCGGCUCCCCCCGUGCCCAGAGGAGCCGAUGUACUUGGUGUGGAGGGACCGGCUCUCUUCCCCAUGGAAAGAAACACGGCGGUUAGCUUCUUACUGCUCCUCUUAUGUGGUGGGCUCUUGGUGUCAGUGGAGCAAAUGCUUGCAACAGCGGAUGGCAGUUCACGUGUGUUUUCAGAUCAAGAUACUCUGCAGAGUACUGGUCGACACUACGAUGGUGGUGUGAAGCCAAAAUUUAGCGUAAAUCAAGUAGCAAUUACACAGGUUGUCAGCUACAACUUGAGCAGGAAAGGACAGCUAGAAAGAGCAUCCUGGAGGCCAUUCACCUACAGCCACUACAGCCCUCUCAAUGUCACAGUUAACGGCACACCUUGCAUUCUCUUCUGGGCCAAGAGGAUCAUGAUCAAGUUUGAAAACCACACACAGCUGGAUUUGACUGAGAAGACAUUUGGUGUCCAUGCAACAGUGGAUGUUGGAGAUUCAAACUGCAGUGAAGACAAUGCAAUGCUUUCUCUGAAGUUUGGAGACAUAGGCAAUCUAAAGGGACUUGUUAUUAGAUUCUUACUAACAACCAGCUAUUACCAGCUGUCUGUUCAGAACUGGUUCAGCUUACACAGACUGCAGCUUCUUUACAACCACUCUGUACUGGCGACAUUUAACGCAACCAGAAUAUAUGCGCCGGCAAGUUACUCCUUCCACUGUGAACAUGUGAGCAGCUUGCAGAGAUAUGAUGCACUCCUGAUACCCAGCUCUGCAAAUGAUGUUUCAAAGCUUUGGGAAGUCACUUUUAUUGAUUUCCAGAUUCAAGGCUUUAACAUUCAAGAAGGACAUUUUGCCUAUGCAAAAGAUUGUGCAUCUUUUUUCUCUCCAGCAAUACUUAUGGGAUUGGUUAUGUCACUGAUUCUGCUGCUGGUUCUUGCCUAUGCUCUUCAUAUGUUGAUCCACCUCAAAUCUCUUGAUAGGCACUAUGAAUGCAAAGCUUCUCCCACCUAUUUUGCACAAAUGAAAGACAGUGACAUGGGGGAUGAGAAAGAACCACUGAGAAGCAGUGGAAAUGAAUCCUAUGAACUUAGAAACCAACAGUUCUCUAAAAUCUAUAUUUAGCAGUAUGCAUCUCAGUGAAAAAAAUGAAAGUUUUUUUUUUUUAAUUAUUUUAUUUAUUUUUUUGUGUGUUCUAUGUAGUUUUUGCAAAUUUUUCACCAACCGAUGAAAGGAAAAUAAGUAGCAGACUGUCUAUCCAGUAUCUGUCUAUUUUUUAUCGAUAGCUGUCUCAAAGAUUCCUUUGAAAGCAAGACAGGAGGAAAAAGGUUCCAAUAUGAGUAAGAGGUUUCAUUUGAUAGGAGUUUAUUCCUGUAGUACAAAAACAAAAUGCAUACCUUUGCAGCCAGCUUACCAAGUCCUGAAGAGAAGAAUCAGUAAUGGAGCUUUUGAAGUUAAAUAAAACUACAAAUAAUUAUUUAAAAA